UUGCGGGCGGAUGCGAACUGGGCAGGAGACCCUGCCCCUUUGUCCCGGGCGUUGAGGGCGGAGGCUUGUCUCUGUGCACCAAAACUCUGCAUCCUUCGCGUUCUGCUGCCACAGUUGGGACGAUGGUGGCCUGUCUGCUGCUGCGCGCCUGGUCCCGGGGCCCUGCCGUUGGCCCAGGAGCCCCGUGUCGGCUCCUCAGCGCCAGCUCCGGGCCGGGCCAGUACCUGCAUCGCAGCGUCGUGCCCACUAUGCACUUCCAGGACAGCCUACCCAGGCUGCCUAUUCCCAAACUUGAAGAUACCAUUAGGAGAUACCUCAGUGCUCAGAAACCUCUCCUAGAUGAUGGACAGUUCAGGAAAACAGAACAGUUUUGCAAGAGUUUUGAAAAUGGGAUUGGAAAAGAACUGCACGAGCAACUGGUUGCUCAAGACAAGCAGAAUAAACAUACAAGCUACAUUUCAGGCCCCUGGUUUGAUAUGUACUUAACUGCUCGAGACUCCAUUGUCCUGAACUUUAAUCCAUUUAUGGCAUUCAACCCCGACCCAAAGUCUGAGUAUAAUGACCAGCUCACCCGGGCGACCAACAUGACUGUUUCUGCCAUCCGGUUUCUGAGGACACUCCGGGCUGGCCUUUUGGAGCCAGAAGUGUUUCACUUGAACCCUGCCAAAAGUGACACUGAUACCUUCAAAAAACUCAUACGCUUUGUGCCUUCCUCUCUGUCUUGGUAUGGUGCCUACUUGGUCAAUGCAUAUCCCUUGGAUAUGUCCCAGUAUUUUCGCCUAUUCAAUUCAACUCGUUUACCCAGACCCGGUCGGGAUGAACUCUUCACUGACGAUAAGGCCAGACACCUCUUGGUCCUAAGAAAAGGACAUUUCUAUGUCUUUGAUGUUCUGGAUGAAGAUGGGAACAUCGUGAAUGCCUCUGAAAUCCAGGCUCAUCUGAAGUACAUCCUCUCAGACAAUAGCCCUGCCCCAGAGUUUCCGCUGGCAUAUCUGGGCAGUGAGAACCGAGAUGUCUGGGCAGAGCUCAGGCAGAAACUCAUGAGUGAUGGUAAUGAAGAGAACCUGAGGAAGGUGGACUCUGCUGUGUUCUGUCUCUGCCUAGAUGACUUCCCCAUUAAGGACCUUGUCCAUUUGUCCCACAAUAUGCUGCAUGGUGAUGGCACAAACCGCUGGUUUGAUAAAUCUUUUAACCUCAUUAUAGCCAAGGAUGGCACUGCCGCUGUUCACUUUGAGCAUGCUUGGGGCGAUGGUGUUGCAGUGCUCAGGUUUUUCAAUGAAGUGUUUAAAGACAGCACUCAGGCCCCUGCCAUCACUCCACAGAGCCAGCCUGUCAGAGCUGACUCUUCUGUUGCUGUGCAGAAACUCAGCUUCAAGCUGAAUGAUGCCUUAAAGGCUGGCAUCAGUGCUGCUAAGGAAAAGUUUGAUGCCACCAUGAAAACCCUUUCCAUUGACUUAAUCAGGUUUCAGAGAGGAGGCAAAGAAUUCUUGAAGAAGCAGAAGCUGAGCCCUGACUCAGUGGCCCAGCUGGCCUUUCAAAUGGCUUUUCUGCGGCAGUAUGGGCAGACAGUGGCCACCUACGAGUCCUGUAGCACUGCAGCAUUCAAGCACGGCCGCACUGAGACCAUCCGCCCUGCCUCCAUUUUCACAAAGAGGUGCUCCGAGGCCUUUGUCAGGGAGCCCUCCAAGCACAGUGCCAAAGAGCUUCAGCAGAUGAUGGCCGAGUGUUCCAAAUACCAUGGCCAGCUGACCAAAGAAGCAGCAAUGGGCCAGGGCUUUGACCGUCACUUAUUUGCUCUGCGGUACCUGGCAGCAGCCAAAGGGAUUGUCCUACCUGAACUGUACCUGGACCCUGCAUAUGGGCAGAUAAACCACAACAUCCUGUCCACGAGCACACUGAACAGCCCAGCAGUGAACAUCGGCGGCUUUGCCCCUGUGGUCCCUGAUGGCUUCGGCAUUGGGUAUGCUGUUCAUGAUAACUGGAUAGGCUGCAACAUCUCCUCCUACCCAGGCCGCAAUGCCCGGGAGUUUCUUCAAUGUGUAGAGAAGGCCUUAGAAGACAUGUUUGAUGCCAUAGAAGGCAAACCCAUCAAAAUUUAGCCUCUGUACAGGGUAAAAGCCUCCAUUGCUUCAUUGAUAUGAAAAUUGAGGCUUAUGUAGCCAAUAGGUGCUAUUCUGUAACUAAUGAAACUAAUCAGCCAGUGUCGUAAAGCUUGAACUUUAAAAUCAUGGUUUUUAAAGCUAAACAUGUAAUUUACAAGUGGGACUAGAUCACAAUGAAAGAUAUAUGUGAGAUUUCAUUUUUAAGACAUUUGAUUAGGAGGUAGGAUUUGAAAAAAUAACUCAGGUGUAUUUAUUGUUGAAGCAGAAAUUGUUGCUUGGAGAUAGAUGGUUCCUCUGAGUUUAUUUUUUAACCUAAUUUCCUAAUCCCCACAAAGAAAUUUCCAACAGUAAGUCCAAUAAGUUCAGGUAACAGUUCCUAUGGGCUCCCUAACUUUUCUGGUGAUGGUGAGAAACACUUUCAUCCUUCCUAUAAACUUGGCUUUCUCUCCUGGGACAUCCUCUCUUUGAAAAUCCUCUUUAUUUUUCUAAGAAAUGAACUGCUGAUGUCUGAUUCUAAUAAUCCUGCUACAAUAAAAGUUAUUCCUGUGAAUUUAGGGAAUGCCAUUUUACUAUUCUUCAAGCCAAAUAAGAUUUAUAAUUGGUGUGUAUUUAA